AUGACUUCGAAAUCCAGCCCGAACGUCGAUUCCUCAGCCUGGUUCAUUAGAGAUGAAGAUGUAAUGGAAUUGCCUGCCACAGCAUUGGAGUUAUUGGAGACAUACGCCCAUAUCCCAGCCAAAGAUGUCAUUCCUCACGUACUCAAGCUUCGCAAAGAAGCCUUCGCUUUGUACCCUUGGCCGUGCAUUGGACGGUUGAGAUUCUUGCGGCCCUCGUUACCAUCCUACGCUGCCUAUCCAGCGAUACUUGCGACUCUCAAGGCCGAUUCUUCAGCAGCACUUCUAGAUGUCGGUUGUUGUUUUGGGCAAGACCUGAGAAAACUGGUUGUUGAUGGCGUGAACCCCUCGCAACUUGCUGGUCUAGAUCUCAAACCGGAAUUUAACGAGCUGGGGAAGAGACUUUUUCGCGACGCUGACACACUUCAUAUUGACUUUUACGCUCGGGAUAUCUUCGAUGAUGGUGCCGACUGGGAGCCGCUCUGGAGGAGAUUCGACGUCAUCCACAUAACUAGCUUCUUGCACAUAUGGAACUGGGACGAUCAAGUGAAGGCAGCGCGACGUCUUGUGGGAUUCCUGAAGCCGAAGCCGGGAUCUCUGUUCGUCGGGAGUGGAAUUGGGAGUACGGUUGGUGGAGAGGGUCCGAAUCUUGAAGGCACAGGUACCAACUAUCGACAAAGUGAAGAGUCAUUUGCACGUCUGUGGAGAGAAGUUGGCAACAUUACAGGGACUAAAUGGGGGGUAAAAAGUCGUUUACAAAGAUUUGAGCCUACUAAGCCUGCCGAAGGGCAGGUCAGGGAGGACCAGAACAUGGGGGUGCUGACGUUCGAGGUUCAAAUGCUAUGA